AUAGCGGAUUUUUGGCCGUGACGGCUAAAUAUGAAAUUGUAAACAGCAAACUUUUUCCCUCUACAUAACAGCUUUACUGAACAAAAUUUUGAAUAGUGUUGAUGUUACACGUCGGGUAGGCGAUGAAAUCAUCUGAUGCAUGUUAACUCUGGACGGUUUAGCCUAUACGUUGUUGUUGUUUACAGGAGUUAUGUAAUUGUCAAGCAGUAAUGUAAAAUGGCGCGUUUCGUCCAGAGUCUGAGUUGGGCUGGGAUACCCGGCCAACGGUUACUCUACCCGACUACAACAACGUCAAGCUGUCCACUGAACUGUUCGGGCCUGGGAGAAUGUCACCAGGGCUUGUGUGUUUGUCGGAUUUACUAUACCGGACCGACGUGCCAAGAACCAAACACUGUAUAUAUAGCAACAUUUGGAUCUCUUUUUGCGUUGCUGGGAUUAAUAGCUCUAAUACAGAUGCUAAUGUGCAUAAAGUCUGACUUUGAGCGAGACCCGGCCAACUCUCUGCGCAGCGCAUGUCAAGUGACUGCUCAGAAGUUACUGUUCUUCCUGACCGUCUGUGCCUCAGCCAUUCGGACCGCCUUUUUCUUCACAAAGUGGAAUCCCUCGGCAGUGGUGGCCUCAAACUUGAUGACGGCUUAUUAUCCAGUUCUCAUUACCGGAUUUUCUCUGAUCAUCUGUUUCUGGGCAGAGGCAUUCCACGUGGUCAAGUCGUUUAAUGAAAAACCCCGGUUCUUGUCGAAGUCUACUCUUGUUUUCAUCACAUUCAACACAAUGUUACAUCUAAUCCUCAUUUCCCAAGUGGUCAUUACGCUGAGUGACACAGGGGAGCAUCUGACCUUUACCAUGCAAGUAUUUAAUGGCAUCUUCGCUGGGGUUAUGCUCAUUACAGCCAUCCUCUUUCUGGCGUAUGGAACGGAAGUGUACUUUAAGGUACGUGGAGCCUUUCGCCAGCCAUUUGAGACGAUGGACUGGUUACAGUUGCGCAUGUCACGCCUCGGUCUGAUCUCUCAGAGUACACUCCAGCUGAUCACCACGCUCUUCCUCGUGUCCUACAUCCUUAAAGAGAUCUGGUCUGACAGAUUACCGGUGUUCAGUUUCAAUUUUUACGUCACUGGGUUCCAUGUCGCUGAGUUCGGCGUUGUGCUUUGGUUUCCAUGCGUCUUGUGGAAUUGCAAAAGCCCAGAUCAACUUUGGGUUCUCAACCCAAAGAAGAUUUUCAAGGAUUUGGAAUGCCAUAACAAGUAUAAUCAACCUAGCCGACAAAACAGUGGUCUUUCUGCAGGGGUAGAUUGUUGGAUCUGUUACGAGUCUGAAAAAGCGGAUUUGGGACCCCUGAUUCAGCCGUGCGACUGUCGUGGUGACGUCAGCGCUGUGCAUCACGAGUGUCUAAGAAAAUGGCUCGUCGAGUCAUCAGACAACGCAGGUCCUCUCGCCUGUAAAGUGUGCAAGGGAAAGUACUCGGUGAGAGACGGCGGGACGUCGCUGUCUCGCGGUAUCACCCGUCGCCAUUGGCUGCAAACUCUCCUUGGCACCGGCUUGUUCUUGGUCUGCCCAUUUAUCGCGUACAUUGCCUAUCGUUCAUUGGUAAACACCGCAUAUCAAGCCUUGGUCAUUGGAACAACGGUUUUGGUCCAGCUUGGGAGUGUCAAGGUUUUGGGUCAAGUUUUCAAGGAAGUGUACAAGAGAGCAAGACUGGCCAGCGUGCGAAUCGACGGGAAAAUCGUCGGAACUCCUGGCGAGUACCACAAUUCUGAUGACAAGAAUGCCAUUUUAGAGAAGUACUGAGAGUCUGGUUUCUAACCGUUUUACAGCCGAUUGGUUUUGGCGGAGAAAAAGAGUGCGAUGGAGAAAACUUCCCUGAGUGAUAAACAUGUUUCUUCGCCCUGUCCACACUCGUGGGAUUCAUCUAUUUGAUUACCCUUGAUAAACACUACGGUAUUACAGUGUAAACAUGAUCGAUGGACCAGUGAUUCAUUAUAGGAGCUGUGUAUAUAAUGUAUUUCAGUUGCGGCCAUAGUUGACGCAGUGAAACACGUGAUGAACAGCGUACCGGUAUUAUAUAUGAUCGCUGUCCGUUCGUUUGAGAAUAACUUGAUCAUGCUGACACAGCGGGGGGUGCAAUGUGAAAGACUACAGCCUGGAAAGUAAAACCAGAGCGGUGACCACAGUCUAGUAGCUGUCAAAUGGUCACCUCCGACGUGUAAAAUACAACCGCUUGUCAGUUUACGUAAGGGUUUUAUUCUAUCUGCUUAUCUGAAGGCUUUAAAUUGUCGCCAAUUAUACACCAUCUACCACCAUUGCUUAAGUAGAAUCGGAUGAAUAAAAUGUUCUGAUGUUACAAUUACUCACACUUCACUGAUCUUGAAUUAUCCACAAUGUGUUGACAUCACAGACAUGUAGCGGCGAUCAAAUGACCAAGUCAUCCUCUUUUUCAAGAAUAAAGAUUCACGACUCAACAGUGCUCUACCAAGUGGCUAUUCAGUCACGGGUUACUCCAUAAGUAAAUUAUUGUACAAUCAAAUUUUAUGUAUGUUGUUGAACACAUUACCAACCUGACUUUAUUACGAAAAACGCCUGUAACAAUUAAUAACUUGAUUUGA